AUGAAAUUCCCCACCGGUGAGCAACGGAAAAACACUUCCUCUGCCACCAGUGCGCAUCAUUCUGAUGAUAAACGUAACGAUGAUUCUGAAGCAAGCGUGGUACAAAAAACUACGAGUUUACAGCCAGGCAAUAGUAUGAAGCAUUUAUCGAACGAAACUUCGUGCACUGGGUCGACCGAAAAAAGGCAGCCUGUGAAGCGCGAAGACAAUGAUUUUGGAGUGUCAAUCUUGCCAGUUAAAGUUGAUCAAAGCGAAGAAGUGCAAGUAGCCGUUGAAAAGCGUUGCGCUGCCACUAAUAUUACAUAUUCGCGGAGUGUUCUGGGUCGGAAACUGUUGCUGGAUAAUGAAAACGAAGAUGAGGAUGAGAUGCGGCGUAUCACGAUUGUCAAAAGGCGUGAUAACGACGGGUGGUGGUUCACGCGCAAACAUCAAAAUGGGACACAGGCAAACGGCGAGGAGAGAAUGAAUGGCGAGAUUCGUCCAGCAAUUGAGCGAUCACACAGUGGCGCAGGUGAUGGCCCCGCUGUUGCUAAGGUAUAUAAUUGA